UUUUACCAAAAUUAUCUCCUUCCCUGUCUAGCAAAAUCUGCCGACGAUGGCGACCGAAUCUCCGAGCUCCUUUCGAAAAAGUGAGCCAUUGAUUCGCAGACGAGUUGUUGUUCAUCUAAGAGCUACCGGAGGUGCUCCAAUACUGAAACAAUCUAAAUUCAAGUUUGUCUAUGUAAACAGCGCUUUCUCGCCUAACCCCGAUGAAUCAGUAAUUGAUCUAUACAAUAACUUUGGGAUUGAUGGUAAACUCGUGGUCAACUAUGCUUGUUCCAUGGCAUGGGGAUAAAACCAACGAUUUUCACCAUUAUCAAGCUCGGAGUAUCAUCAAGUUGCAUGUCUAAUUUUGGAUCUUCUAUAGAUUAUAUAAAGCUGCUACAUUCUUUCCUAGGAGUAUUGAAUUGUAGAUGACACUUGUUGUACAUUCAUAGGAAUGCCUCUUCAUCUUUUU